CCUAAACACAAUUAGAGGCGGGCCCCAGACUAGGGUCCUGGCUGAGAAGCUCUAUAUAUACUGGGGUCUCGCCAUCCGCUCACUCAAUGAGCAUCUAAACGACGAAGACAGGAGAACAGACGACAAGGUGUUUGCUGGGAUAUUGACCCUCCUGCUCGUGGACGUAAGUCAUCUGUCCAUCAAGUCCUAGAGCCGCAGGUGGCUGCAGGUGGCCGCAGGUGAACAUGUACACCGCUGAAUAACGAUGACCCGCCCCAGAUCCAACAAGGCAGCUCACUCGACUGGAGGUGUCACCUCGAGGGAGUUCACAAGUGGAUUAUGUUGCGCGGUGGCUUCCACACCUUGACUUUUUCGAAAAGCAUCGAACCUCUCUCGCUUGUUCUCUGGACUGUGGCGGUUCUUGGCAACACGACAUGCCCUGCCUCGGACCUCGCAAUGACUGACUUCCACGUCGAAGCCAUCGAUUUCAUACUGAACCAAUUCCGUGGCGCGGUAGCUCCCUUCCAAUUGUGUCCCUUGCCGCUCUUCGGUGAGAUAAUCAGGAUCAACCAUCUCCGCAUGCAAGCUGUAACCGACGACGCUGCAGAAGUCGAACGCUUUGAAACCGAAGGAUUCGACAUCCUAGAACGUAUCCACGGCUUUUCCCCACAGCAAUGGGCGGAAACCAAGUCCGCUGCCACGCAAAACUCGGACUGGGUGCUCAUGGGCUGCGUAUAUCGUGCUGCCGUGGCGUUAUACUGCAUCCUGUCCCUUCAAAGCCUGUCAGUUCUGCCCUCAACGCAGACCCUGCGAGACUGCUGCACCACGCACGCCCACCUUCUUCAUUUCCUUCUGAGCGAAGGUUUAUCGUCUCCGAGGUUUCAGCGAUUCAUGGUGUGGCCAUUGGCUGUGCUGGGCGUGGAAGCUGUGCAUGGAUGCGCCGAGAUGCGUGCUUUCGUAGCCGAGCAGCUGCCGCUAAUCAGUCGGCAUGUCGGCAUCUACGUACCGCUGGCGGCCAAGCGUGUGCUCGAGUCAUUCUGGGCCUCGGGUAUGACCAGCUGGGACGCUUGCUUUGACAAGCCGUAUGUUUUCACAACGCAGAUUGCUGUCGACACUAGCCGUCUGUAUUCCGACAUGAGUCCAAGAUAGCGAGGGAGAAGAGAUCAAACUGGCAUUCAUCAGGUGAAAUUCUUAACGUUGAAUCAAUUCGAGGGACGAGGAGGGGCGCGCCACCAUCAUCUGUACUAUAAGCAAUCAAGUCAAGAGAAAUAUCGUGCGCCAGCUGGGUCAUUAUUUCAAGCAACUAUG